AUGAAGUAUGUCCGAUCAGAUAGAGAUGACAAAGAUCGGUCACCCUCGCCGAAGAAGAGAGAUCAGAAUGAGAAAAGAUGUGCUGUAAUAAACACAAUUUUCGACGGGCCUAAUGGGAGACAGUUUGGAAAUAAGCGGAAAGCAUUAAUCCGAGAGGCACAACAUGAGGUGAACACCUCAUUUAUUCGACCGGCAGUAGCAAUAACUUUCAUUGCAGAACAUUCGAAAGGUGUUCAUCUACCGCACAAUGACGCUUUAAUUAUCUCCCCCUUGAUUGACAACGUACGAGUGAAAAGAGUGUUGGUCGAUGGGGGCGCUGCUACUAAUAUUUUAUCUCUUUCAACCUAUUUGGCUAUGGGUUGGGAGAUAUCUCAACUAAACCAAUGUCCAACACCAUUGGUCGGGUUCUCAGGUCGUACCGUCUACCUACACCAAAUGAUGAAGUAA